AUGAAUGGAACUGAAUUCAAACGGAUUUUGCGGCCUUUGUUAGUGCCCAGAGUCGUAGGAACGAAGCAGCAUCGAGAAGUAGGACAGCAGAGAACUCCGAAUGGCACGAGAACAUUCCGAAAUCUCAUAGUGACAAAGGGAGUGAAUGCACCCCGUCGUCUAGUAUUGGCGUGUCACUAUGACUCGAAAAUUUUACCAGGAGAAGUAAUGAUCGCAGCAACGGAUUCAGCAGUACCAUGCGCAAUGAUAAUGGACAUUGCUAAGUCACUUACACCGUACAUGUACGGAAGAGCUGCUAUGGAUGUGGCACUACAGCUUAUUUUUUUUGAUGGGGAGGAGGCGUUCGUUGAUUGGUCUGAAACGGAUUCCCUUUAUGGAUCUCGCCAUCUGGCUGAGAAAUGGGAAAGGAUGUGGUAUCCAACGACGACAACGACAACUUUUGAGUUAAGCAAAGAAAUUGAUCGAAUGGAUGUGCUUAUGCUUCUCGACCUUCUUGGAGCACCAAAUCCCAUAAUUUCAAAUUCGAUUGGAUUAGGAGCUGACCGGUUGUUCAGAUAUCUUCCUAUCAUUGAACAGGAGUUACGCUAUCUUGGUUGCAUCGGUGCUGUUCCGAACAUAUUCCAACCAGGAAUUGGGUACAAUGCGGUAGAAGACGAUCAUAUUCCAUUUUUGAGACGAGGUGUUCCAGUUCUUCAUCUCAUCACUGUGCCUUUUCCACAGGUCUGGCAUACAGCAGGUGAUAAUCCAAGUGUCCUUCAUUAUCCAACCAUCUUUCACUUAACUUCAGUUGUGAGGGUCUUCGUAGCGAAAUAUUUAGGAAUUGCUCCAUUAUAA